GGACUUAGGGGGCUCUAGGCUUGGCGACUGACAAAUUCUCCCUUUCCCCGGGCAGACUUCGGACUGAAAAACUGGCUCCGAACGCAACCGAACCCGGUGCCAGGCGACGCCGGGUCACGUGGCUGACGGCCCCAUGACGUGCAGGUUGCGGGGCGUCACGGUGACGUUCGGGCGAUAGGCCAAGUGGCCCCACUACCUGCGUCCACUGUGCAGCCGUGGAACUGUCAUGGACCUGGGACCGAUGCGCAAGAGUUACCGCGGGGACCGAGAGGCAUUUGAGGAAGCGCAUCUGACCUCUCUGGACCCGGUGAAGCAGUUCGCUGCCUGGUUCGAAGAGGCCGUUCAGUGUCCUGACAUAGGGGAAGCCAAUGCCAUGUGUCUGGCUACCUGUACCAGAGAUGGGAAGCCCUCUGCCCGCAUGGUGCUGCUGAAGGGUUUUGGCAAGGAUGGCUUCCGCUUCUUCACUAAUUCCGAGAGCCGCAAGGGAAAAGAGCUGGACUCUAAUCCCUUCGCUUCUCUUGUCUUCUACUGGGAGCCCCUAAACCGUCAGGUCCGUGUGGAGGGCCCUGUGAAGAAGCUGCCAGAGGAGGAGGCCACAAGCUACUUCCGCUCCCGCCCCAAGAGCAGCCAGAUUGGGGCUGUGGUCAGUCAGCAGAGUUCCGUGAUCCCUGAUCGGGAGUACCUGAGAAAGAAGAAUGAGGAGCUGGAGAAACUCUACCAGGAACAAGAGGUGCCAAAGCCCGAAUACUGGGGUGGCUACGUCCUGGACCCACAGGUGAUAGAAUUCUGGCAAGGCCAAACCAACCGCCUGCACGACCGGAUUGUCUUUCGGCGGAGCCUCCCAGUAGAAGACUCCUCCUUGGGGCCCAUGACCCAUCGCGGGGAGGCAGGCUGGCUCUACGAGAGGCUCGCUCCCUGACAGCCGGGCUGCGGCGCCCGCUGGAGCUGGGACGGGUGCUGAGAGACGGUAGGGGGUUGGGGCCCGGCCCUUCUUUUUUUUAAAACAGCUGCAUUUUUUUUUUUUAAUCUUUAGAGGGAAAGGGAAGGAGAUAGGGAGAGAAAUAUCAAUGUAUGGUUGCCUCUCGUGCAUCCCCUGCUGGGAACUGGCCUGCAACCCAGGCAUGUGCCCUGACUGGGAAUCGAACCGCAGUUGUCUGGUUCGCAGGCCCAUGCUCAAUCCACUGAGCUACACCAGCCAGCAGGCCCUUCUAAAGCCAACAUAUUUCCUUCCCACUCCUUGUCUUUGGGGGUCUUCAGAGUUUAUCCUUCAAGCACUCUGUACCUACUUGGCUCCUAAUAAGCUGUCUGAUGGAGUGUGACGGAGGCAUAAUAGAGAAUCACAAAUGGAAAGUAACCCCACAAUUAUUUUCUUGAUUCUAACAGUCACUAUUGGGAUAGCUCUCUCUAGAGCAGGGGUGCCCGACUGUUUGGCAUCUCUGGGCCACACUGGAAGAGGAAGAGUUGUCUUGGGCCACACGUUAAAUACACGUGAUCACAAAAAAAAUCUCACAGUGUUUUAAGUAAAUGUACGAUGUGUUGGGCCGCAUUCGCAGCUGUCCUGGGCUGCCUGCUGCCCGUGGACCGCAGUGUGGACGCCCCUGCUAGAGGGAGCAGCUGACGUGACUCCCUCUUCUGGUGACAGGGUGGGUCCCCAGCAGCCCCGUCUUAGCACUGUGACUGGUCCUACCGACCGAAGCUGACUGGUGCCGGCAUAAGCACCUGAGCCAAUCUAGCCCGUCAGUUUUUCUUGUCAACUAUUUGAUAGUUGAAGUGGAGUGACCCAGAGCAUGACGCGUCAUUGUUGGCAGGUCAUUAAUGGCAGCCAAGAAGCACUGGGCUCUGGCCGCUGCUCUCGCAAUUCCCUCGGCGGCCCUGGGUCCCUCCUGCCCCCUCCUGGGCUGUGCAGUUCCUCCGCCUGCCUCGAACACUCACUGUCUCUAAGACGAACUUUUUUUUUUGUUUACAUAAAAUAGCUGGAUCAAUUUCUGUUGAUUGCAAAUAAAAGAACCUUAACUUA